AUGGAAGUUUCUGCGUCUACUUUGACAAUACUGUCAGCGCCGUCCCUACCUGACCCCCCAGACGCGGAUGCCCCGCCGUGUGCUCAUUCCAAAUAUUACCUUGAAGAUGACCUGGUGAUUUUUGUUGUUGAGAACCACCUCUUCAAAGUCCACCGUUAUUUCCUGGUGCGCGAGUCGGACUUCUUUCGGACGAUGUUCGAGUUGCCGCCGGGAGAAACGCCAGCGGAGGGUCAGACCGAUGAUAAGGCGAUUCCUCUCCCCGGGGUCACCCGUCGCGAAUUCGAGUGUCUGCUUGACUUCCUCUACUAUGGGAUGCACAACAUUCUUUCUCGCUGUCCGCUUGGGUGA